GAGCAGGCGGCCCGGCCGCGGCAGACGGAAGCAGCGGAGCGGCCCCGUGGCCCCGGGACGCCGGGAUGGGAGACUCCAAAGUCAAAGUGGCCGUGCGGGUCCGGCCCAUGAACCGCCGAGAAUUCGAUCUGCAAACAAAGUGCGUGGUGGACGUAGAUGCCAACCGAGUGAUCCUUCACCCCGUCAACACAAAUCUCACCAAAGGAGAUGCCCGGGGCCAGCCCAAGGUGUUUGCUUACGAUCACUGUUUCUGGUCGAUGGACGAAAAUGUCCAAGAAAAAUAUGCAGGCCAAGAUGUGGUUUUCCAGUGCCUCGGAGAGCCCGUCCUGCAGAACGCAUUCGAAGGCUACAACGCCUGCAUCUUCGCCUAUGGCCAGACCGGAUCCGGAAAGUCCUACACCAUGAUGGGCACAGCUGACCAACCUGGCCUAAUCCCAAAGCUCUGCAGUGGGCUCUUUGAACGAGCACAAAAGGAGGAGAACCAGGAGCAGAGUUUCAAAGUGGAAGUGUCCUACAUGGAAAUCUACAAUGAAAAAGUCAGGGACCUCCUCGACCCCAAAGGAAGCCGCCAGACACUAAAAGUCAGAGAGCACAAUGUCCUGGGGCCUUACGUGGACGGGCUGUCCAAGCUGGCCGUCACAAGCUACAAGGACAUCGAGUCCCUAAUGUCCGAGGGGAACAAAUCACGGACGGUGGCCGCAACCAACAUGAACGAAGAAAGCAGUCGAUCCCACGCUGUCUUCAAAAUCAUCCUGACGCAUACGCUGUACGAUGUCCAGUCUGGGACAUCCGGGGAGAAGGUGGGCAAGCUGAGCCUGGUGGACCUGGCGGGCAGCGAGAGAGCCACCAAGACAGGCGCGGCCGGGGACCGGCUCAAGGAAGGAAGCAACAUUAACAAGUCCCUCACCACCCUGGGCCUGGUCAUCUCUGCCCUCGCAGAACAGGGCGUCGGCAAGAACCGGAACAAAUUCGUGCCGUACCGUGAUUCGGUUCUCACCUGGCUGCUUAAGGACAGCCUCGGCGGGAACAGCAAGACGGCCAUGGUGGCCACGGUCAGCCCGGCGGCCGACAACUACGACGAGAGCCUUUCCACACUGCGCUACGCGGACCGGGCCAAGAACAUCGUCAACCACGCCGUGGUCAACGAAGACCCCAACGCACGCAUCAUCCGCGAUCUUCGCGAAGAAGUGGACAAGCUCCGAGAGCAGCUGACCAAAGCCGAGGCCAUGAAGUCUCCGGAGCUGAAGGACCGCCUGGAAGAGUCCGAGAAACUCAUCCAGGAGAUGACCGUGACCUGGGAGGAGAAGUUAAGGAAGACGGAGGAAAUCGCUCAGGAGCGGCAGAAGCAGCUGGAGAGCCUGGGCAUCUCCCUUCAGUCUUCCGGAAUCAAAGUCGGCGACGACAAGUGCUUCCUGGUCAACCUCAAUGCCGACCCCGCUCUCAAUGAGCUCCUCGUGUACUACCUCAAGGAGCACACGCUGAUCGGGUCGGCCGACUCCCAGGACAUCCAGCUGUGCGGGAUGGGCAUCCACCCGGAGCACUGUGUCAUCGACAUCACCCCCGAGGGCCACGUCGUGCUCACCCCCCAGAGGAGCACGCGAACCUUUGUCAAUGGCUCCGCCGUCUCCAGCCCUACCCAGCUGCACCACGGAGACCGGAUACUGUGGGGAAACAACCAUUUCUUCAGGCUCAAUUUGCCCAAGAAGAAAAAGAAAGCGGAGAAAGAGCAGGGGGAGGAAGAAGGGGAGCGCGAGAACUCCAUCAGGAGCGGCAGCGACCAGGCCGACGCCGAUGGGGACUCCUCCUCCAGCGAGGUGUCCAGCGAAAGUCACUUCAACUUCGAGUACGCGCAGCUGGAGGUUACCAUGAAGGCCCUGGGCACCAACGACCCUACGCAGUCGAUCCUGCACAGCCUGGCGCAGCAGCACGAGGAGGAGAAGCGCUCGGCCCUGGAGCGGCAGCGCCUCAUGUACGAGCGCGAGCUGGACCAGCUGCGCCGCCGCCUGUCCCCGGAGAAGCAGCAGCCGCUGCAGGCCCACCACCACCACCACCGCAGCCCCGACAGGUUCUCCUUGCACUCGCCCAACGCGCAGAUGCGCUCCAGGCAGUGGACGGAAGAGAGGGAGGCGACGCUGACCCACAGCCUGAGGAAGCUGAGGGAGCAGAUCGUCAAGGCCAACCUGCUGGUCAGGGAGGCCGGCUUCAUCGCCGAGGAGCUGGACAGGCGGACCGAGUACAAGGUCACCCUGCAGAUCCCCGCCUCCAGCCUCGACGCCAACAGGAAGCGAGGGGCGGUCCUCAGCGAGCCGGCCAUCCAGGUCCGGAGGAAGGGGAAAGGCAAGCAGAUCUGGGCCCUGGAGAAACUGGACAACAGGCUGCUGGACAUGAGGGACCUGUACCAGGAGUGGAAGGAGUUUGACGAUGACAAUCCGGGGCUGAGCCGGUCGUACCUGACGCGGGCCGACCCGUUCUACGACGAGCAGGAGAACCACAGCCUCAUCGGCGUGGCCAACGUCUUCCUGGAGUCCCUGUUCUACGAUGUCAAGCUGCAGUACGCCGUCCCCAUCGUCAACCAGAAAGGAGAGGUGGCCGGUCGGCUGCACGUGGAGGUGGUGCGGGUCAGCGGGGCCAUCCGAGAGAGGAUGGCCGGCGGCGACGACGGCGAGGAGGCGGCGUCCGAAGCCAAGCUCGUGUGCAUGGUGAAGAUCCUCCAGGCCACGGGCCUGCCCCAGCACCUGUCCAACUUUGUGUUCUGCAAAUACAGCUUCUGGGACCAGGCGGACCCCGUGAGGGUGGCCCCCGAGGUGGACACCUCGUCCUCCCCCACCAGCAAGGAGCCCCAGUGCAUGGUGGUCUUUGACCACUGCCACGAGUUUUCCGCCAACAUUUCGGAGGACUUUAUCGAGUACCUGUCGGAGGGGGCCCUGGCCAUCGAAGUUUUUGGCCACAAGGUGACCGACCCCCGGAGGAACCCCGCCCUGUGGGACCUGGGAAUCAUCCAGGCAAAAACACGGAGCCUCCGCGACAGGUGGAGUGAAGUGACCAGGAAAGUGGAGUUCUGGGUUCAGAUCCUGGAACAGAACGAGAACGGGGAGUAUGUCCCCGUCGAGGUGCUCCCCGCAAAGGACGUGCAGACAGGCGGCAUCUUCCAGCUGCGGCAGGGGCAGUCUCGGCGGGUCCAGGUGGAGGUGAAGUCGGUGCAGGAGUCCGGGACCCUGCCCCUGAUGGAGGAGGCCAUCCUGGGCGUGGGAAUCGGCUGCGUCCAGAUCAAGCCCGUCAGGACCCUCAGAGCACAAGAGGGUUUCCAGGAGGAACGGGAGGACAUGGACAGCUACCAGGACCGGGACCUAGAGAGGCUGCGCAGGAAGUGGCUCAACACGUUGACCAAGCGCCAGGAGUACCUGGAUCAGCAGCUCCAGAAGCUCGUCAGCAAGGCGGAUAAGACGGAAGACGACGCCGACCGCGAGGCUCAGCUCCUGGAGAUGAGGCUGACUCUGACCGAGGAGAGAAACGCAGUUUUGGUCCCCUCUGCGGGCAGCGGCAUCCCGGGCUCCCCGGCUGAAUGGACUCCCGGGCCGGGGAUGGAGACGCACAUCCCUGUCAUAUUUCUUGACCUCAACGCCGAUGACUUCAGCUCCCAAGAUAACCUGGACGAGCCCGAACCGGGAGGCUGGGACGCCACCCUGAGCGGGGAACAGGAGGAGGAGUUCUUCGAGCUGCAGAUCGUGAAGCAGUACGAAGGAGAGGCCAAAGCCGAGUCCUCCUGGGACUCGGGGGUCCACAACUGCCCGCAGCUCAGCAAGGGAGUUGCUGCGGACGAGCGAGCUUUCCUGAUCGUCAGGGUGACGGUGCAGCUCAGCCACCCGGCCGACAUGCAGCUGGUCCUCCGCAAGCGCAUCUGUGUGAACGUCCAGGGCCGCCAGGGUUUCGCCCAGAGCCUCCUAAAAAAGAUGUCCCCUCGAAGCCCCAUCCCUGGCUGUGGUGUCACCGUGGAGAUUGUCUCCAAUAUCCCGGAGGAUGCCCAGGGCGCGGAGGAGCGUGAGGCCCUCGCCCGGAUGGCUGCCAACGUGGAAGACGCGGCGGACGCCGAGGCCUACAUCGAGAAGUACCUGAGGAGCAUGCUGGCGGUGGAGAACCUCCUCACCCUGGACCGUCUGCGCCAGGAAGUGGCGGUGAAGGAGCAGCUGACGGGGAAAGGGAAGCUGCACCGGAGGAGCGUCAGCUCUCCCAGCGUGAACCGACUGUCCGGAAGCCGGCAAGAUCUAACUCCGCGGUUCAGCCUGGGCAGUAACAAGGGUCGGUGGGAGAGUCAGCAGGACGUGUCCCAGACUGCCCUGUCCAGGGGGCUGACCUCAGUCCGCUCCUCGCCUUCUGGCUCCCCGCAGCUCAGUCAAUCUCAAGGCCCAGGCCCAGAUGGCAAGGAAGGCAGAAAGGCGUUCUCCUCUCCGAGCCCGGUCAAGUCCUCCACGCCUAACAUGCCCAAGCUGCUCAAGUCCCUGUUUCCGGCCCGAGACGACAGGAAGGGCCGACAGACAUCCCCUCUGGCCCAGCAGCUUGGUCCUCGAGUCCCAGCGCAGCUCGUCGCCAUGGAGACUGGCGCUGUGAAGGCCGGAGUCAUGGAGGCUGGUGCCGCGGAGGCUGGCAACCCGCAGGCUCCCUGGGACAAGGUCCGGACCACGGAGCCCCCGGGGCCGGCCGCGGGGAUGGACCAGCCCUACAGGACGGCCGCCCAGCAGCCCGGUGCGGCCGACGUCCAGACGCGGGACCCUCAGGAGGGGCCCCCCAGCCCGCUGAGCGAGGCCUCCAGCGGCUACUUCUCCCACAGCGUGUCCACGGCCACGUUAUCCGACGUGCUGGCGGCCGGUGCCGAUCCGGCCGGCCUGGGGGGCCCCUCGCCCGGCACCCCGCCCACCCCCCUCUCCCAAGGGGCCCCGGAGGCCGGCGGCCUGUCGUUCCCGGGAGAGAGGCCGGCCCCCGGGGGCCGGAAAGCGACCCCGGCCUUUCCCGGCCAGCACGGCGAUGCCCACGUCUCCGCGGGGGGAAAGCCCGAGGCUCCCACCGAAGACCCGAACCACGGCUCUCUGGCCAUGGAACCCGAGAGGGGCCGCUCCCCCCGCCCCGCCCCGCCGGCCGGGGGGCGUCCGGGCAGGCCCGACGCCCCCACCGAGCCGCUCUCCGGGCCGGAGCCGGCCCCCGGCCCCCAGCGCCAGCCCCCCGCCUCCCCGUUCCAGAUCCAGAAAGUGAGGACGUCGGAGCUGAUGUCUUUCUCCGGCAUGCUGGGUGGGGACCCCGGCCGCUCCUCGGGCGAGAACGGAGACGGGGAGAGGAGUCGGCUGGCGGCGGGAGAGCAUCCGGAUGCGGCGUCGGACUCGGAGGAGACGGACGAGGUCCCCGACUGGCUCAAGGUGGGAGAGACCGUCACCGUCGGCUCCUCCAAGACGGGCGCCAAGGUGGGCGUCGUGCGCUACGUCGGCCCCACAGACUUCCAGGAGGGCACCUGGGUCGGCGUGGAACUGGACCAGCCAUCGGGCCGCAACGAUGGCUCCGUGGGCGGGAAGCAGUACUUCAAGUGCAGCCCCGGCUACGGGCUCCUGGUGAAGCCGGGCCGCAUCCGGAGGGCCACGGGGCCCGUGCGGCGGCGCAGCUCUGGGCUGAGGCUUCAAGGGGCGCUGCCCGAGCAGCGCAGGAGCGGCCACCUCUCCGGCUCGGCCUCCAACCUGGCCUCGCUCACGGCCCUGGCCAAGGCCGAGGGGGGCUCGGGUCCGCGGGCCGAGCGGAGCCACAGACCGGCAGAGAACCGCAAAUCCUGGACCAGCUAGCCCAGGCCCCGGCCCGGCCCGGCCCAAGGUGGCACGGUGCGGCCCCGGCCCGCCCCGGCCUCCAAGUCGGGAUCCCCACCCUCUCCCCCCACCGCCGUCACCUCCGCUCCGAGUCGCGCGGCCGCCCGGGCUCCCCGGGCCCGGGGCAGCGGCCCUCCCAGGGGGAACGUCGAGGGGUCGCCUCGCGGGGGCCGCCGCAGCCACCCCAGCCCCCGGGUGAGGAUCACAAGGCUGCAGUACGGGGACGCCGUCCCCCGCCCCCGAGAAGAGGCUGGGGUCCCCGCUUUCCCACCACUGAUUUUCAGUGAUGUUUUAGGUCUCUCUUCCCCUUCUGCCCCACCCUCUCCCCGGCCCACUGCGGGGGGUUGCCGACGCCGGCUGUCGCCCACAUCCCCGGGCGCCCCCUGAGGCGGGCCGCCCCUCCCUGGGCCCCCCCUUUUUAAGAGCAGCAGCCACGGGAGCUGCUUCCCUUCGCCCCACCUCCCCCCGCCCAGUGAGGGUGUGGUUGUAUUUAUUUUUAUUUAUUGUCGAGAAUCCCGGAGAAUCGGCGAACCGCAAUCGCGGGCAGCCGCCCCGGAGCCGGGCUGGCCUGGGGGCGGGGGGCGGGGGGUAGGCCUCGGGGAGGGGGCUCUGUGCGGCCCACUCCCGCCGGGGCUUUCUCCGACGCGGUAAGGGAGAGACUCCGGCUGCCGGCCCAUCCCGGCAUCCCCUGGGAGAGCUGAAGGUGAAGGUGCGCGGGGUGGGAUGCGGAGGGCUCGCCAGAGUCUGUGAACCCCGGACCGAACUCCCCCCACCGCCCCACUCCCGCCCAGCCCCUUCCCCUGACCCACGGGCCCCCGAGCCAAGGGGGAGAGUCGGCGGAGACUGCUGGAUCCUCUCCUCACCGCGGGCCGGGAGGAGGCCCGGGGUCGCCUCACCCCUCCCUCGGCCUCGGUGCGGGAGCCCCGCGCCCCUCUGCGGGCCGGUUAGCUUGAGGCCGGGUCGGGGUCGGGUGCCACGGGUCUCUCCGCCUCCGCAGGGCGCGGCGGGUGAUGCGGGGAGAUGGGGCAGGUGCGUAGUCUCCCUAGUACCGAAGGCGAGCGAUGAAACCCGGAGGCGGCCCUGGCCCCCGCGCGGCCCCGUGAGCCGCGACCAGCCCAGGCCCUGCAGACCCAUCAGGGGCGGGUGCCCCCCCCCCCGGUGAAGGCUUUGAGGCGGACCGCAGCGCAGUGAACGGUAACCCCUCCCCACGCACCCACCCCGCCCCCUUCACCACCCGAACGGGUCAGCCCUCACAGGGCUGGCCUCACCGACCCGGGCCGCUGCCGCCGGUGCCCGUGCGUGCCUGCCUGCCGCACCCGGCGCCCCCGCGGCCCUACCGUGGGGGCCGGCCUUCCCAGCCCCUUCCUCACCCCUCCCCGUGCACUUUAGCUGCCGGAACCCGGGGGCAGGCGUGUCAGGUGGCCGGGACGGGGCGCGGCCGGCCUUCGGACCCCAGGUGCCUGUCUGCCCCCGGCCCGGCCCCCACCCCGCGUUCCUCUGGACGACCGCCCCCGGGGCCCAAGGGAUGUGGCGUCUGCCCUGGGGGUGGGGGGCGGGAAGGAGGGAGAGUGGGUGUAGACCCUAGGCAAAUGUAGG